UUACCUAUGAAAGGCCUUUAUAGAAAUGUCAUUACACGCAUGGUUUUUCUGUCUCCUUCAAACAUCCUCCCUUUUUUGAGGUGCUUCAAUCUCCAGUCUUUUCUCACCCACAGGGAGGGCAGGUGUCUGUCUGCCACACACAAAACACUCCAUUGUCUGUCUUGUGCUUCCUUUCCCUAGCCUUAUCUCAACCCACCGUAGUAUUCGCAGCAUUCACUGUCCCUCCACAUCUUACAACAUAGGAUAGUUUCUCAAGGACACAUCACAUAGUAUGAGCUGCGUAUUUGGCAGUCUGUCCUCCUUAGCUGAAAGAGGGGCGGUGUACUACAUAAAACCCAUCUCCCUCGCUGACCUGACCCAAAACAAGUGUUCGAUCCAGACGUGACUGGACAGACAGGGUUACUAUGAGGCUAUGGUGCAUAUUCUGCUUGAUACUGCUGCUGCCCAGCACAAUGGUCACUCUGCCACACCAGGGCAGACUGAGUGACAGCCGGUGUCAGGAGGACCCCACGCCAGACCACCCAGGAACAGGGCCAGGAGACAACAGUUCAAUGGAGGUUGGAAAAGGUUUGGGAGAGAAUGCCUUAACAGUGAAGGAGACCAUAAACUCCCAUCCCAGCGCUCCUCACCUACCUGGGGACACUCCAUGUUUCGGAAGGAUACCGUCUCAUGGAGAGGUUAUUGAGGAUAUGCUUUCAGCACUUCGUGAAGGUUGGGGCCAGGAAAGCAACCUGAGAAAGGAGGAUUUGACUCGAUUUGGCGUUUGCUCACACUCUGAUGGUGCUCCAGUACCUGCCUUAUCCACACUAGCUGAAGAAGCCAAAAAAGAGAAACAUGGGCUACAUGUUUGGCACCCAACCAAAGAGCUCAUGGAGGGUGAAGUGGAGGGAGGGGGUCUUGUGUUGACCCUCCACCUCCCCCGGCCUCCCCUCUCCAAUAUCAAGCCCAUACUGCUCCUUGCCUUUAGAAACCCCAGAACAGGAGCGCUCGGUGCCAUCACUUUCACCAGUCACUCUCUGCAGCCUUACAAACAGACAGUAUGCAUUUCAGAAGGAACACAGUUCCUCAUCCUAACAGGAAAGCAACCCGAGGGCAAAAGUCAACUGAAAUGGAGAUUCAAUGUUGACACAAAAACACCAGAGACAGGACAAAAGCUUUCUGAACUACGAGGUAUCCUGAUUGGUGACGGAACAAGAAGUGAUGUCAGUGUCAUUCCCCUGGUGCUUUUCUCAACGAAUAGAGGAACUGAUGAAAGAGUGACAGAAAAGCUGAGUCCCUCCCCUGCUCCCUCUGGGACCUACACGUUUCUGUGUGAGCUGCAGAAGUUCCUCAGUGACGUCAUGCCACCACAGACGCAGUCACAACCAUGGGCUGCUUCGGUCCCUCUGUACUCUCUGGACUCUCUUCCCCCCCUGUCCCUUGGGGUGUCGUCCAGUGAGACCCUCCUUGCCAGGCUGCUCAACUCCUCAGCUCCCACCCUGUUCUCUUUCCCCACACAGGGCUCUGUGCUCCAGGGGCAUCGCGGGGAGCUGUCCCUGCAGCCCGCCCUACUGGAGGUGCUCAGGCAGAGGCUGGAGGAGGUUCUGGUCCAGAUGAGGGCGGAGGAGGUGGGCAAAGCAGGGAUGGACAGACUGAGGAGACUCCAGGAACUCUGUGUCCUUCCUAAAGAGGGCGAGGAAGCACCAGCAGGUGUUGGGAGCCCCAGUGAGACGCAGUACCGAGCCCUGCUUCUGCUGAAAGCCCUGCAGACAGUAGUGGGAGCCUGGGAUGUGGAGAGGGGGCAGCGGGCCACCAGAGCAGGCCAGAAGGGCCCAGGGAACCGGCACCUCUGUCGGCUGCACAGUCUCACCGUGUCCCUGGAGAAAUACCUGCUGUCUCCUCCUGAGGCCACCAUCUACAACUGCCAGGGAGUCUGCAGCUUUCCCCUGACCAACGGGAAUAACCAUGCUAUCCUGCUUAACAGCCACAUCCAGAGUGGCCUGGCCCUGGAGCGCUCACCCUGCUGUGUGCCUGUGGACUAUGAGGACCUCAAGGUGGUGGAGUUGGAUGAGCAUGGAACCAAUAUCUGCUACAAACCAAACAUGGUGGCCAAGGAGUGUGGAUGCCGCUGACUCCUCCAUGUGGUGCAAUGAUUGGUAUUAAAGGGCCAGGGCACCUGCAUUGUUGCACCAUUACUCAAUAAAAGUCAAGUAGAAUUGCAUGUUUUAGGUCAACGAGUGCAUUUAUUUUGUUUAUUGUAAAUACAUUAUCACAUCUAGUUCUCCACAAUAUUAGCUGAUUUAAUACACAUUUUGUCACUCAGCUAUGUAAAUAGAAAACUCAUUGGCACAGUGCACAUAUUGGAUCUUUCAAAUACAAUUUGUGCAUUAUCAAUUUGCACCACAUGAUCAUAUUGAAGGCUGAAAGAAUAUAUUGAUCAUCAAAUACGAGAUAGAAACCAGCUAAUCUUAUUGAUUUCUGUAUACCCUUUAAAUAUGAAGAACAUUUAUGCAAACAGAUUAUGCAUGAUCAGAUAAGACUAUGGUGCAUUUAAGAUCAUUGUGAUGUACUUUUUUUUACAGUAGUAACAUUUUAACUACAAUAUAUCCUUAUUUCAAUAUAAUAAACACACUUUGAUUAUUCCUUC